CCCAAGAUGGAGGCGGCGCUGCCACAAACCUUCACAUAUCCCUCCUGCCGCUAGUUUCUCGGUCCGUACGGCUCUGUAAGAACGGCAAAUACCAUUAUAAAUAGCCGAGAACCAAGAGGAUACUCGUAGGAAGCUUGUGUGUAAGUUAUCUGCACAGUGGCUGUGAGGGCUUUGUUUUCAACGCUCGGGAAAGUUGUUGAUUUUCGUGCGCGGAUCACAGCAUAAUUUUUGGAAGGAGACUAGGCACCGAGCGACCGACUGUUCCAGCGCCGUAACACUGAGGAAACAACAAUCAUGUCUACACCAGGGAGAAAGAGGAGCACGACUCGGAUGUACUCGGCCGAAGACCAAGCUCUGAACAACAUCGCUCGAGAGGCCGAGCAACGGUUGGCGGCGAAACGGGCAGCACGUGCCGAGGCCAGAGCGCUACGCAUGCAGGAACUGGAGAGACAACAAAGAGAGAAAUCUUUCUUUGACCGCGGUCCCGUGACUGGUUCUGAGAUCUUUACUAGAAGACCGACCACUUCCUCUGGUGCUGCGUCUACGUGGGAUUUUGUGACCAGACCUCCGUCCAGCAAAUACAGCUCUGCGGGGUCAGAUGUUUACUCCAUGCGAAGCGGGAGAUCAUCCGCGCUAUCCUCUCGACACAGUGUUUCGACGUCAGCUAGCCUGUAUGAAGGCAGCAGUAGCCGUGGAGGUGGAUAUCGGGACUCUGCUUAUUCCUCAGCCAGAGAUAACGAUGAUUGGGAUGUGCGUUCAGAGGUGUCAUGGCGAGGGGGACAGGGGUACCUUAAAGUGUACAAGGAACCGGCACCCAGAACAACAAGUGCAGCCUCUGAUAUAUUUUCGUGGAAGGGAGCCCGGAAUAGGCCCUGGGAUGCAUACUCCUCUGCCUCACAGAUCCCCCCUGUGCAGCGUUGGGGCAGCGCGGAAGAUCUCUCGUCCCGGCGGAGUGACCGCAGUAGUUCGGAUUCGUCCCGGAGAAGCAGUUAUGGGUCCCUGUCUGGUUCUGAGAUUUACAUAGGAUCCAUCAGUGAAGAUGCAGAAGGAGAUGAACUGGGCACAAAUGACAAAGCGAGGAGAGGUGCGGGGGGUUCUGUAUUAUCGUUCGCUAGUUUGUCGGCGCUCGGCGGUUCUUCGUCCAGAAGAGGCAGCGAUGAUGAUGCCGGGUCUUCCUCCUCCGAAGCCUCCAUUCGGGAACUCAAGGCCUUGCAAGAUGCACUAUUCGAUGUAGAGCAGAAAUACAUGACAGACUUGAAAGUCUUGAAGGAUGCACUAAGUGAAUCAGAAGAGAAGUACAAGAAAGCGAUGGUGUCCAACGCGCAGCUAGACAAUGAGAAAACCACACUACAGUACCAGGUGGACAUCCUAAAGGACAAGUUAGAAAUCCAGGAAGAGUCCAUGAACGAACUACAGAGGGAGUACAAGGAGAAAUGCAGGGAGUUAGAAAGACAAAAGCAUGCUUACGGCAUCUUAGAACACAAUGUUGCAGAGCUGAAGGAAGCACUAAGGCAACGGGAUGAGCUUAUAGAGGAACAUGGACUGAGGCCACUACUGGAACAAGGUUUGGUUCUAGUCGGGACGGCCAACGGGGAGGCGGAAACGGGAGAGAAGAAGACGAAAGUUGCCUUGGUAACGCCGGAGGCUGCACAGAUGUUGGAACAGGCAGGCGAGGGAACGUUAGACUUAAAGGCACUGCAGGCCAAGAAGCAGGGUCCUGUCCAAUCGCAGCCCAACACUGAAUACGCCAUGGCAAUGUUCUACGAUGAAAGACUUAAGAGAAUGGCAGAGGAAAAAGAAGACCUUGUAGAUCAAAUUAGAAGAUUGAAACUAGAGUUAGAGGAAGAAAAAGAGCGGACGAAGGCCUUACAGAGCAAAGCCAACAGGACUGCUGAAGCUAACGGACCUGAUAUGGAACUGUUGGACAUUCAGACAGAGACUGGUGAAAGGGGCAAGGAGAGAGGGUUGAAAUCAGGAGAAGCAAGUAAACAGGUCAACAACUACAAGUUUAGGUUACAGAAAGCAGAACAGGACCUUGCAGCUAUGGAGGGGAAUAUCCAAAGACUUGAAGGCCAGGUGAACAGGUACAGGGUAGCUGCAGAAGGGGCCGAGAAGAAGGAAGAUGAGCUUAAGACAGAGAAAAGAAAAUUAGAGCGAGAGCUGAGAAAGUCUCAGGAUAUGGUUCAGGAACUCCAGGAAAGCAACUCCAGUCUAGAGCGUAGGAUAGAAAAGAUUAAGUCUUUCUAUCAGCACAGAGGCCACAAUGUUGCGAUCGGCGAGCGACAGAGCGGAGGAGCUGGCCAUGAUGAAUAGCCAUCUGGAAAAACGACUAGAAAAACUACGGCGGAACAGAGAGCAGUUUCAGAACAUGAAGUAACGCCACCUAGCAGCACAGCACCUCAAUGCAGGGAAUGUCCAUUAUAUCUCAAGGGGGGGUACACAUCCCCAGAGAAGUCCUACUGUAUUAUUUCUCAUCUAAUUUCAUGCUCUCAUGAUCCCAACUCCCUUGUAGCGAAUGAAAAGUGCCACCAUUUUUGUCCAUUUUGAAGCACUAUGCAUUAGAAAUCUUUGAAGCCACUCUCUAACCCUCCCCUAUUUUGUGUCCCACCCUAAAGUUAUAAAUGGACAUUCCCUGUAAGUUGGAUGAUGUACUAGUAUUACAUCUAAAUGGUUUAGAGCUAUAUUUGAAACAUGUCUUGCAGUAGAUAACGCAGCACAGAAACUUAGGAGGAUAUUUUCUGAGCAAGUCUUGGUACUGUAGGUAGGUAGUGUGCACUUUACUUCCCCACACUGUCAGCACACUGCCUCUUGCACAGGCACUCAAGCUUUUGUACUCUACUCAAAACUUAAAACAUCAAUAUGGGAGGGGCGUCACACUUAUCAUAGUUGGAAUUGACAUACUCAAGAUACAGUCACACUUACUAGUAUUUAGGAUUGCACAAGCUGUGGGGAGGGGUUAGGCAAAGGCUAGCACUUCGACAAUGUGGACAAGGCAUCGACAUUGUACACUGCAUAGGACACCAUAUUUAUAGGUGCAGGCACCUUUUCUUGCUGCUGAGGACACACGGGCAUGUCGCUGGGGGCCUUCCUGAUGGUACUACAGACAUACUACAUACAUGUACCUACAUACGUGAUGUGCUACAUACAUAUUAUGUACUACAUUAUGUACUACAGACUGAGUUUUUAGUAACUCUCAGUUGUAGAAGUAAUCAUCCUGGGACUACAGUAUGACGUUGAUAAAAUAUCUUCCACAUAUACAUACAUUAUAACUGCAAAAAGCAGCAUAGAUAGUUCUUUAUUGUAGUAACUGCAGAUUCCCUAGGAUAGCCAGUGAGGCAUGUGUCUUGUGUUGUAUUACAAUUACUUAUUCAUCAUAGCAGGGACAUCUACAUAUUUGGUGAAACAUUUGUGUGCGCUAAUUCUUGGUCAUCUCCUCUUUCUGACUCUUCCAUUGUAAUCUGUAAUAAAAGUGUGAAACAUGCAGACUCAGAUACACAGAAAACAAUAGCCUGUCAUUGAGCCAUGUAAAAAGUAUCAUAUUAAUUUUGCUGCAACUCUGCAAUGUAAGGAUGAUUUUCUCCUGUUAUGACAUGAGUUUUCAAAGCUCGUACUAGACGCUGUCACAAUUUUUGAGUCGAUAGAAUGUAUAAGAUAUACCUGUACAGGGUAGCCUGGCAGCCAACUUAAUUAUCCUUAAUUGUGGUAUAAGAAUUGAUCUUAAUGUCUGUGCUUUUUGCUAGACCAUGUGUUUAAGUAAGGUAAAUGUAGUUGUGGAUUAUACAGUUUGGAUUUCAGCCUAGGAUCUAUGAAUUGAUAAAAAAAACUAUGUUGAUGGAAAAACCUGUGCAUAUGGAUAUGUGUAUUUGUAUAUUGCAAGUUAACUUUGGAAUGUUUUGUGUUUUUUGCAAUAUCCUUUUCUCUGGUAGAGGUUGCUUUUUUUUAUCAAUACUGGUAGAUAUUUACUGUGAAGAGUGCACUCUAUGGUAUAUUUGAACACCAAUUUGAAUAGUAAUAUGCAACAGAAUAUUGUGGAGAGCUCAUAGUUGGUCCACAGGUAAUAUGUUCUAGAAAUACAGCCACAUUACUGAAGGUUUCAGAGUUACAGGUGUAGAUUGGUAAACUGGUACCAAAAGUGGAAUGACUGCAAAUAGGAAAAAUCUUAGAAAUUUGGAGCAAUUGUUGGCUCUCAUUAUUAUCAAAGAGCGCUUUGCUUCUCGCAAAGUUGGCAGAAUACAUGAAUAAAUAUUGUAUUGUGAGAAUACUUUCCAAAAGCUGGAGGGUAAGGAUUAUUUAUCAUAGUACCACUGAGAAUAAGGCAGUAUUACCACUGUGGGUCUAAGUGUUGUGAGUUUUUCCCCACCUUGAAAUAAUGUACUUAUGGACCUGAAGACUUGUGCUUGGGCACGCACUUAUUUCUCUAUGGAGAAUGAAGUAAAAACACUGUACAUCUUUUCA